GUCACAAGAACCGCAAGUGCUGAUGGGUGGAGACGGGAUGGUUGACUGCAUCUAUAAGCCACGUUUAAAGGACGACAGACUUAAACGUGGACGUGGUUUUUAUCGUGGACUUAUAUAAUAAUGCGCUACUCAAAGAUCGUCACUUAUAUUAUGGAACAGUGUAUUAAAUGACAGCAGGGAGAAAUACAUUUCGUGAAAAACUGUUGUUGGGGACCAUUUAAGAAAACACGACAAUGUCCUUAACGCAAGCUUGCCGAAGUCUUGCCCUGUCUACAUGGUUGCUGUCAUUUUGUUUUGUGCAUUUGUUGUGUUUGGACUUCACAGUGGCCGAGAAAGAGGAAUGGUACACUGCGUUUGUCAACAUCACUUACUUGGACCCAGUAACAUCUCAAGUCAGGACAGAGAAAACUGAAUGCGGGAGAUACGGGGAACACUCCCCUAAAAAAGAUGCUAGGGGAUUUGUAUUCAUGCCUUCUUUACUGCAGGACAGACAGGUGUGUGACAGCAACACCAAAUUCCCACUGCCCCAUCCCAACAGUCCAUGGAUAGCACUGAUAGCAGGAGGAAACUGUACAUACAGAGAGAAGAUAAGACAUGCAGCCAGCCUCAAUGCAUCUGCUGUUGUCAUAUUCAAUUUGGGCUCCAGCAAUCCCAAUGAGACCAUUACUAUGCCACACCAAGGUACCGGAGAUGUGGUAGCUAUCAUGAUUCCAGAGCCCAAAGGACGUGAGAUCAUGGCACUGCUGGAGAAGAACAUCACCGUGGUGAUGCACAUCAGCAUCGGGACACGGAACCUGCAGAAGUACGUCAGCCGCACAUCAGUGGUGUUCGUCUCCAUCUCCUUCAUCGUUCUCAUGAUCAUCUCGCUGGCCUGGCUGGUCUUCUACUACAUCCAGAGGUUCCGCUACGCCAGCGCGAGAGAUCGCAACCAGAGGCGGUUGGGGGUCGCUGCAAAAAAGGCCAUAAGCAAGUUACAAGUACGGACCAUCAGGAAGGGAGACAAGGAAACCGAGUCGGAGUUUGACAAUUGUGCAGUGUGUAUCGAAGACUACAAGCCAAAUGAUGUUGUGAGGAUACUGCCAUGCCACCAUGUUUUCCAUAAGAACUGUGUGGACCCUUGGCUACUGGAGCACAGAACCUGUCCAAUGUGCAAAAUAAACAUCCUCAAGACAUUGGGCAUCCCGCCCGAUACAGACUGUUAUGAUGACAUCCCUCAGGACUAUGAGGUGUCAAUCGGGGACCCGCCCACAAAUCCUGUGACGGGGGCCAGUGAGGUCACAUUGGGCGAGAACUCUGUGGUGUUGGAUCCAGCUGUCAGAACAACAGGCCUGUCACACAUGUACCAUGAGAUAGACUCCUUUCCACAGGUCGGAGAGAGCAGUGAGUAUCCAGAAAUGGCGAACAGCAGCCCUCUUUUAGUCAUGAUUCAGACACUUCCCUCAUCAUGCCGGUGGAGCUGGUCCUGUCCGACCUUCAGUCUGAACCAGAACAUGAAGAUGUGAAGUCCUGAGAGGUCGCCGUAGGGGCAGAUGGACUCAGCUUGCCAUUAAGGGAGCAGGUCUGUAGUGGACCCAAAACAAACAAUGAAAGCACACGAGGGCAGUAGCAGCACAAGGUGUGCAAUGAUCUUUUCUGAGCCCGUGACCUCAUCAGCUUUUUGUUCCACUGUCACAGAAACUGCUUGUUUUUAUUCCACAAGUAUGUCGAUAUGUUUCUGCUCUUCUUUUCCUGAGCGUGUGUACAGUAGAUUGAGAAAGCAACCCAACUUUUUCCAUUUGAACAUUUCCAUUUCGUGGAAAUUUUGACUGUUUAGCUUCUCCAAGGGAUCACUGCCAAUACAUGCAAUAUUCCACAACGAAUUUAUAUCUAGACACAAAAUGCAUAGAUUUAUGUGUCAAACGCAGUUUGUGUGAACUACAGCCAGCAUCAGUGAAAAUUCAAGUUUAUCAUAUACUAGUGUUGUCUCACGCUGAGUUGUCCUCCAGCCAAAGAUAACCAAGAUCAAAACACCUUUGUAUUUAAGAACUUCUGAGAUUAACCGAAAUACACCGAAAGUGUCUUGUUAAGAAUUUAUUAUAGAAAUAUCAGAAAACAAAGUGACACAUUAGGCAAACCAGCCAGAAAAAGGUUUAGUAGGCACAAUAUUUUGCCCCAUCUCUACUUUCUGAAAUAUCACCAGGGCUUAUAUUCAGAAUGGACACUAUUAGUGUAUUUUUGUUAUUGCAAGUGUUGUGUGUCUUAUCACACCAUCCUCUGAGGUGGACCUUUGCUUCUACCACAUUCAUUUAGGGACGCGAUCAGUGUUUUAGCAGCUGUUUCCAAUGCAACCGUUUUUGUGCAUCCUUUGAGAUGUCUGUGUUAUAGAUAAUAUGUUUGUCAAUCACGAUGAGACAAAAGCACAACCUAUACACUUUUCACACAAUUUUGUUUUGACAGGAAGCUAAAUAUAAACAUGCUGCAUAGCUCAAGCAUUUUGGUUCGCAUACUUUAGUCAAGCAUGUUUUUGGCCUUAAAAGGGAUAGUUCAUCCAAAAAUGAAAAUUCUUUCAUAAUUUACUCACUGUCAUGAGUGAUUUCUGUAUGAUUUUCUUUCGUCUGCAGCACACAAAAAAGAUAUUUUGAAGAAUGUUGAUAACCGAACAACAUUGGUCCAAGCGACUGCCAUGGAAUCGACACAAAACCACUAAGAUGUUGAAUCUCAAAAUAUCUUAUUUUUUGUUCCACAGAAGAAAGAGCCAUAAAGGUUUUGAAUGAUAUAAAAUAAAACCAUGGUUUAUUUUCCUAUAGUUAUGUUGCAGGUGUAAAAAAUUCAGGGGGAUCUAGCGAGAGCGUGAUAUUUAUUAGCAGCAGAUGUUUAAUAGCUUUUGUCAGUAGCGGUUUAUGUUGCCCAGUGUUUGUUUGGUCCAAAGUAUCUAAAACAACGUGUGGUGAGUGAAAGUCUUGGGUCCAUACAAAGUAGAAUGCAGUUGGACAGACAACUGUAUGACUUUACAGACUAAAGUGACAGUAUGUAGUGGAGACAAACAGUGCAAAAUAUAAAUAGACAGACUGUACAAAAAAGACAAUAUACAUUAUACGCAUAUGGACAGUAUAUACACAUUAGACGUUGAACAUACACAUUAAAUAUGCAGGUGUACACAUGAACGUGUAUGUAUAAUGGAUCAACCAUAUAGUGCACAAAGUACAGAUAUAAGUAUGUAAGUUUGGUACUGGAUGGUUAUUGCAUUAGGUGCAAUGCAUGAUGCAUUAUAGUCCAUGAAAAUGUAGUGCAUGGUAAAAUAAGUGUGAGCUUGUGGAGUGUAUCACUACAGCUGUUCCUGCAGUAUUAAAAGUAAGUCAUACGGUACAAUAGUGUUGUGUUGUAUGUAUGAUGCAAGGAUGUGAGUUUUCUGUCUGCAUUGAAUGUCCAGAUGACCCACUACUACAUUUGACAAGAUGCACGCUGUGCAGAAUACCACAUCCCACAAUGCACUGCACUUAUCUUGACCUUUCAAUUCCAGCAUGGAUAACUGGAAAUCAUAUCAGCCAGGCAGCACUUACUUAAUGAAGUCAAGCAAUGUAACACUAGAAAACACAAGUUUUCAACAUUUAUAGUUGUAUAAUGCGUAAAAAGUUUCACAUGCAUUCUUUUUAAAACGUUCAGUAGCCAAACAAACAUUAUGAGUUUGGGGUUGUAGAUGCUGCUCGUGUUUCAUACACACAAAACAAUCAUAUUUGUCACCCCCUAAACUUGGCAGUGUAAAUGUAGCCGUUUUGUUAAUCUCUUCACCAUAACAAAGAAAAUUAUCAGAUGUUACAAUGUAAAAAAAACAGUUACAUCAAAUCUACAGCAUUUGAAUUUUACCCAUGGUGCUUUUUGGUUGCUGAGAAGUCGGAAUCAUCCUGCUUUUAAACAUGACUGAUAUAAAUGGCUGUUUGCUUUUUAUGUUGCCCAAAAUAAAAGUGACUGUUGAAUGAAUAUUUUAAUAUCAAAUGGUUUAUUUUUCUAAAAAAAAGGCACCUUUAAAUAGAUUGCACAUACAGUCCUUUUAGAAAUAUUAAUGCAAACUUUUUUCUUUCAUCUCAUUGAAUUGUUUUGUAACAUACAGCAUGCAGUUUACAGUCUAUAUUUCUGCAAACUACAUAAGGUAUCGAGUCAUUUUCUUCCGAUAUUUAAUUGUGGGACCUAAAAUGCACUGCCCUUAGUAGACGUUCAUACCCAGAAUGCAUUGCUCCAGAAAGUGGGCUAAUGUGCAAUGCACAAGAGAAUGUUCAAUACUCUAAUUAACCAAAGCUUCAGUGUUUUUUUUUUAUGCUUUAUUUGACAUGCUUGUAUAUUUCAGGUCACGUGUUAGCAUAGGAUGAUAUUGUGUGAAUGCACUUUUGUAUUUAAAUAAUUUUCUUGUUAUCAUGAUGGGUUUUUAAGUAUUCUGAAGGACUGUCUGUUGUAGUUUACUGUAGUAUACUGUAGUCACGCAGGAUGAUAUUGAGGUCUGUGAUCCUAAUAUUAGUAUCAUUCUGUGUCGAUUCAACCAGAGGUCUCCGGCUAAAAAUCUUGAUUAUUGUUUUUUCCGAAGAGCAAAAUAGCUACAUAAAGAAAGCUUAAAUAUUAAAAGUCAUUAUCACUAUUUACUAAAUAAUCCAAUAUUUUGCAGGGUCAAAAUUUUCAUUUUGAGAUUUGGAGCUGAACUACAAAAAUGUAAAAAUUAAAUUAUUAUAACCUUAGAAAAAUAAAAGGUCGUCUAAAAGUAAAAUAAUGAUGUUGCUAUUUUACGGUCAUUUUUCACCUCCUAAUUUGAUUCCAAAUCUCUGGUGAAAAUUGUAGGUAAUGCUGGGGAAAAAAUUAUCCAAUUUCAUCACUAAAUAUUUUUGUCUUUCCUAGAAAAAAUUCUAUUUGACCCCAUAGUACUCGAGGCUUCUGCUGUGUUAUUUCAAUCUGACAGCCAAAAAGCACACAUUACCUUCCCUAAUGUUUCUGGCAUGUAUAAAUGUUUUGCUUAACGAUAAGGAUAUGAAUAUGCUCUUAUAAUUUGGUGUGUAUUUAAUGAUUUUAAAUCAGUCAGGGUUGGUUUUUAUUGUUUAUUAUCUUACUGUAUCUGUAUGAUGUCAUCAUCUGUAUAGGAAUUAAUUUGUGAGUCUAUUAAAGGGGUCAUGUUAUACUCAUUGCUUUCUAAUGAUUUUUUCUUUGAGGAGCACUUGUAAAAAAUGUUCUGCCAAAAAUUCGAUCAUAUCAUUAUUUUUAAACGCAUCUUCUCCUUGACCCUUAUGUUUAAACGGGUCUGCUCUGCCUGUAGAAAUACAGUAUGUAAAUAUGGGCGGUCAUGUCCAUGUAUUCAAAUUUACCAAAUAUUAGUGGAAUAUUUGUAGUGGAAAAAGUUUUUAAUGUUACCAUUUUCAUUGUAUUUCUCCUGAUAUGACCCCUUUAGGAAACAUAUUAUACAGUAUGUACUGUUAGACAGUAUUGUCAACAUAUAACAGUUGUCCCUGUUUACCUGUGCUUUUCUUGUUAAAUAAAUCCAUGUUUUGUCAUACACUGGACCUGAUAGGCUUGAUGUAAAGUUUUAAUAAUGUAAAAUAAUUAGAUGAUUUUAUGUUCUUUAGGCAGGUUUAACUGAAUUGCAGAAGCAAGCAACAAUACAAUACAGCAUUUCGAUAAUGUAAUUUAUAAAAAAAAAAAUUCAACUGAAACAGUUUUCCUGUUAAAAUAAAAAAAUCUUAAAAAACAAUCUCCUCAGUAACCUCAAAUACUUAUUCGACAUUUAAUUCAACUCCUGCAGUUGCGGUCGCGUCAUAUUUGACCAAACUUGAUAUUACUUACAUGUUGUAAGAAUUCUUGUUUUUUUGUGUCCAGAGAAAGCAUUGUACAGUAUCUCCUUAAGAAAGCAAGACAGAGAGGAAAAUGAUAAAGCUUAGAGGGCUGCACAAUCAUAUAUGGCACAUUUUAUGUCCCCUUUGAUAGAUGUACAGUAAAUGUUCAACACUUUUAAUAGGCUUUUAAUAAAACUGUUUUUGUCACCUAUAAAAGGGUUAUAAUGCAGUAAACACAUAGAAUAAAAUACAUUAGUCCAUAAGACAAUAAAUUUUGUUGAAAGUUUUUUAUCCCCUGCUCAUUUUGUAAGUAAGUUUUAUGCUUUAAAAAUGGAAUUUAAUUUCUUCAUAGACAGACUAGUGUUUUGAGUGAUCAAAGUGGUUCAGCAUCUCAUUUAUUUCCAUGAGUCUGUACAGCUAGCAAAUAAACCGCAAAUACCAGCAAUGUUUGUUCCUGUCCUUUUAUUACUAGAGCAAAUAUUUGAGAUGAUUCUUCUAAUAAUGUCCUCAGUGUUAA